CGGCUUCUCGGCAUGGAAGUGCUGUGGAGGAAAAUUGAACCAGGAUUUGUUCUGAUUCAUGAGUACUCAGAGGAGGGUACCCAGGGCCUUCCAGGGGAGGGUUACCAGACGCGGACGGAGCUGUUCCCGCAGGAGUUCAGCAGUGGGAACGUCUCUCUGAAGCUGAAACGGCUCCAAGUGGCGGAUGCUGGGACAUACCAGUGCCUUGUGAGGAACCCAGAAUGGACCCAGGAAGCCACCACUGAGCUACAGGUCGCAGCUUUGGCUCCAGUGUUGAUUGACGUGCUGGGCCCCCGGGGUCAGGGGAUCGGGCUGAUCUGUAGAUCCACAGGCUGGUUCCCCAAACCCGAACUCCAGUGGGUUGGCAAGAAUGGGCAGAACCUGAUGAUGGAGAUUGUGACCGACAUGACUCAGGAAAGGGAGAACCUGUAUAGUGUUGUGAGUCACGUCACUGUCACAGAAGGAGAAGACAAUGGAGACAUCAGCUGCAUAGUGCGGAAUGCCCUGCUGGUGACCGAGCGACAAUCGGCCAUUCACCUCUCAGGUGAGUCCCCCCGUGCAGAAGGGGUUGUUGCUGCAUUCUGGGUGAUGUUCACUCUGAUUCUCAUUGCUGCUGGAGCUUGUGCAUAUCUUGGAUACACAGUGAAGCAAAAGGUCUCUCAGGAGAAACGCUCUAAAGAGGAAGCUCGAUUAUUUUAUGCAAGGGCGGAUUGGCUAAACAGGGCCGAUGAGAGGAGGAGGAAGCCGGGGAACCUGGGCCUUGGGGCCCUUUCCGGACUGCCGGGCCCCGAGUGCCAGGAGCUCCGUGAGAAGCUUG